CUCCAAACUGCAGUGUGGCAUGCUAAUGUAGCUUUUUUUUUAAACUGCGGUGAGGCGCAUGCCAAAGGUCUAUAAAAAGGGGACCUUCUCCCUCUUCCCUCUUUCCUCUUUACCCAUCCUCGACUCAAAGCAUCCGCCCAACAAAUCUCAGUCCACCAUGAGAAUACUGCUCUGGUGCCGAGGACCUCGACCGCCCGACAGCAACCGUGAUCAGAACCAGCAGCAACCAAUCGGAUUCGAUAACAAAGCUGCUAUUAUGCUGCCACACUUGUUGAGCUUGGUUGUCUCCAAGCCUUCGUUACUGAACAUCCUCUGGCUUGUGACGCUGCCCAGUCGAUUUGCUCCUGGAUGCAAGAGUCUGGCUUCAAUGCCAUCAAGAGUUCCAGAUCAAGGCCUAGUAGGGACCGCGUGUAGUGGUGGGCAAUUAUCCGGUUAAAACCAACCGUUACGUAUUGCGUGUAUAAUUGCCUAGUAGUAGCUUAGCUUUUCCGAACCGGUUGUCGCCGGUUUAUUCCCUGGUGUAGUAGCUAGUGCCAGUUUCUGUCACCUCUACACUAUCAAAUGACUAUAAUAACAAUGAUCGGUGAUGGAUAUAAGGUCCCAGGCGAGGAACCCUCCCUCGAAACAACCGCCAUGGGUCUCGGUGCCAAAGCUGUUCAAAGUUUUACACCUCUUGAACAAAUCUGUCGCCAUCUCUGCGGGUUUCAUGUGUAUGCGCAUGAUAUGACUCGUCAGGUUGAAGCUCACCAUUACUGCUCGCAUCUAAGUUCAGAUAUGCUUCAAUGCGUAAUAUACGAUAGCCCCGAAAAAGAUGCAAGACUCAUUGGCGUCGAGUACAUUAUCUCAUCUAAACUCUACAAUGAUCUCCCCGAGUCUGAAAAAGUGUAUUGGCAUUCGCAUACUUAUGAAGUCAAGGGCGGGAUUUUGACUUUACCUGUUUCGCGCUUCGUACCUGCUGCCGUGCAUGAAGAAAUUGAGAGGAAGGAAUUGAGUAAGGUGGUGAAUACCUAUGGAAAGACAUGGCAUUUAUGGCAGAUUGAUCGAGGUGAUAUUUUACCAUACGGUCCCCCUUCUCUCAUGAUGUCCUUUACGUCCGACAACCAAAUCGAUCCAAAAUUACUCGAACAACGGGACAAACGCGAGGGAGUUCGUACUGAGGACCUCAUAGAACGACGCAAGGAUAUCCCGAUCGAGCCUCGCCCGCCGGGAGCGCAAGAGAAACUGUUGGAAGAGAAGAUGGCAUGGCAAGCAAAGAUGGAGAAAAUUCCGCUUUUGUGUUAGUGGGUUGAUAUGUUUGCACGCUUGUUGUGGGCGGUGUGUAUUUCAUUCUAUUGGAUUGCACAAAUGCUCCAUGCGGGGUGGUUCUAUCUUGUUAUAUAGCACGGGUUUUGAAAGCUGCUAGCAAGGUUUACCCUACGGUAGUCAUUCCAUCUAUAUGCUAUAUUCUAGAUUUUGUUCCAUUGUCCUUCUC